CAGAGACAUCAAAGACAACAGAGCGUCCAAACACACUGACAUCAGGAUCUUCAUCUUCAGUUCAGCUGAAAUCUGACCAUGAAGCUGAUUUCAUUCUUCCUCCUCCUGCUGGCCCCCCUGUUGACCAGCUGCCAGCAGCUCGUUCUGCCGUUGGACUGCAGUGACAUUUAUAGUAAUGACAACAGCCGACCCAGUGGAGUGUACACCAUCUAUCCCAUAGGAGCCACAUCUGCUGUCCAGGUGUACUGUGACAUGGAUUCAGAAGGAGGACGGUGGACGGUGUUCCAGAGGAGGAUGGACGGCACGGUGAACUUCUACAGGGGCUGGGAUCAAUACAAGACCGGCUUUGGUAGCGCUGCUGGAGAGUACUGGCUCGGUCUGGAGUCUCUCUACCACCUGGCUCUGAGGAACAAGUACGAGCUGCUGGUCGACAUGGAGGACUUUGAAGGAAACAAAGCGGUCGCUCGUUACUCCUCAUUCUCCAUCGAUGCUGAGUCCUCCGGAUACACACUGCAUGUUUCUGGAUUCACUGAUGAAGGAGCAAGAGACGCCCUGACUAAUCACAACGGACAGAAGUUCUCCACCUUCGACAAAGACCAGGACUCUGAUGAUGAUAGGAACUGUGCCAGAUCAUACUUGGGGGCGUUCUGGUACAGCAACUGUCACCUUACAAAUCCAAACGGCGUUUAUCGUUGGGGGGCUGACAGCACUCUCUCUGCUGUUGGAGUGGAGUGGCAACGUUGGAAAGGUAACGACUACUCCCUGAAGGCCAUCAGCAUGAAGAUCCGUCCUGUGCUGUAGUUCUCCAGGACCAACGUCCAGCAGAAUAUCAGCUCAUCUCUUUCUCUUUCUCUCGUUAAAGGGAUACUUCACCAAUUAGCAUUAAUCUUUGUAUCAGUAGAAACCUGGUAAUAGUAGAAACCUCAGAUGAUGCAAAAUUCGUAAUUUUGCGUCAUCGGAGGGUAGAGACUACAGCCAAAAAAAAAGCCUCCAAUGACGCAAAAUGACGAUGUUUGCGUCAUCUGAGGUUUUUUCCAGACACACAAUACAGCUAUCUCUUGUCUCAGAGGGACAUGACGGAGGGAAGCACGGUCAUUCAAAAAUACUACCAGGUUUCUACUGAUACAAGGAUGAAUGAUAAUUGGUGAAGUAACCCUUUAAACAUUUACAGUUUUUCUUGAUUGUUUACACACAAAUACUGAUACUUAAGACACAAUGACCACAACAUGUAACUCAUGCACCAACCCCCUGAACCAAUUCUGCUAAACUACUAGCACAAUUCCUGCUUUAACUCAAAUUGCAGUUCUAAAACACACUUUUUUCCAAACACUACACACAAUUCUCUGCAUUUGGCAUAAUUAUCAUGAAGAAAAUCUCUUGUUUGCACAAGGAACACACUGCAUUCAAAUAUGCCCUUGACUCAUCACCAGGGCAACCACCUGUCACACAGUUUUACAAUUAGCAAUCAGAGCUUACAGUUUUUCUUGAUUGCUUUGACCUGCUUAAAGAAACUGGGAUCCACUGGGUUUUCAUCAUCACUGUCUCAGCAGAGCAGAAGACACCUCUGGCAAAUGUCUUAACCCUUUCUCAUUAGAUUGACACAUUCUCCCAACCCUUUUGCAGAACAGUUAACAUGGAUGUCAUUCAAGCAGUCCAAACUCCAUUGUUUUAGUUACAGAAAGCAUCUGUUCCUAACUAUUAGAAACUACCUCCAUCAGUAAGAAAUCACUGAAGCACCUGUUUGACACUCCUUCACACAAAUCUUCAAUUAGCAAUCAGUGUGCAGGGUUAGGCCAUGUGGCCCCAUAGAUCAGU